AUGGGUGUUCCCAUGUUUGGCAACCCGGAGAGCCCUGUAGGGUUUGGGCUUGGAGGCGAUGCAGCACAGCUCUCCAAUGGCGGUGGUGAGGACGGAAUCAAUGGAGAUGGACGCGGCGUUAGAGAAACAUUGGCCGACACGAUAUACCCGAACAGCUCCAAGGCUCCGCAAAACAACGACGACGGCAAUGACCACGCCGUCGGUAUGGGCAGUAGGAGAGGUUUCGGCGAAGGUGGACAGGGUGCAAGUGAUGAUGCUGGGUCACGAAGUCGGAGGAUGUUCGAUGGCUCUAGGGUAGCGGAGCCAGACAAUCUUCAGAUAGUUGAGGCUGGGGAAGGCGCCGACAUUAUUCCAGGCGUAGAUGAUCUACCAGUCUUCGCCAAUGACCAGAGCAAGGCAUUGAACGAUGAAAUCAAGGUACGGGAGAAAAAGGUAGCCCAGGCGACGAAUGCUCUUGCUGACAACCGAGAACGAGUCCGAAUAAUGGAAGAACACCUCAAGAACGUACGCCAGGAAGUUGGGCACACGAAUGCUCUCAUGGCUGCAAAGAAGAAGGAAAUCGCUACGGAAGAACACUUGUGCGCCCUUGCCGCCCGGGAAGCGGGCAGGUAUACUCAUGAUGCCCGUCGUUUCGUCGUGGAGGCCGAAGAGGCCCAAGACAAGCUCAACGGUGUUCAGAAUGCCAUUUUUGGCGCGAACGAGGAAAUGGACAGGUUCAAGCUGCAGAUGAACUGGAACCAGGAGGAGCUGGAGCAGUGGGCCCUUGCGGCGAAGCAGAAGGAGGAAGAUAACCUCGCUCUUCAAAAGUACGCUCGAGCGGACGAUGUGAAAAUCAAGGAUCUCAGCCUCCAAGUGGAGCGAUUGUCGAAGUCUGUCGUCGCUAGGCGAGCAGAACUGCAGAACCUCGAGGCCGAGUCCUCGGCCAAGCAGGUCGAACUGGACAACACCGCCGCGGACUUUAGGCGGCUGCAUGCCGAGCGCCAGGAUCUUGUGCGGCAGUGGCAGAACGCUAUCGACGGCAUGCGCCGCCGAGACGAAGAGAUCAACGCCGUCGGCGAAAAAUACGCCGCGGCUCGGCAAGUGCGGGCGACCCGGAUCGAAACGCUGGCGCAGAACGCAGCGAGGCUCAAGAUGCAAAGGAACGACAACAAGGAGGUCCAAGGCUCAAUCGAAAACCUCGAGCGAACAGUACAGCGGCAGCGCGAGGAAGCCCAGGCCGCUCAGAAACGCCUGGAGGAGUUCCGCGACGUCCUCGAGGUGGUCAAGAACACCCUCGGAAACGGGGCCGGGGCGCUGGCCAGGAAACGAGGCGAGAACGCCAACCUUACCGCGCAAAUAGAGGAGAAGCGGGUCGGGCUGGACACCGCCCGACGGAAAUAUCAGAUUUCAAAGCAACGGGUGGAGACGGAGACGGGGAACACGAACAAGGUAGAGGCCACGGCCAAAUCGGCGGAGGAGGAGCUCCAACAGCGGGAGGCAGAGCUCAAGGCGUCGAAAAAGAGGCUAGCUACGGCAAAGGAGCUAAUGUUCAGGGAUAGUCAAAAGCUCUACGCUUUGCGUCAGGAGGAGGCUAACUUCAUAGCUGAGAUAUGCGGCGCGCAGGCGACGAUGAAGAACCUGCAGACCAAGGUGCACGCGCUGGACCAGGAACAGACCCGCCAGCAGGAGCUCAUCUACUCGGCCGAGUUCCAGAUCCAGCAGAUGGAGAGGAAGGUCGCCCGAGGGAUGGGAGAGCGGACCGACGAAGAGAAGUCCGAGCUCAACGCUAAGAUCCGCGAACUCGAGGGUGAGGUGGACGUGAUGCGCGAAGAGAAGAAGAUGCUGACGGGGCAGGCGCGUAAAUUGAACAACGAGCUGCGAGCGUCCUUGAGGCGAAGAGAGGCUGCCUCCGCCCAGCAAGCGGAGCUCAACGAAGCCAUCAACGAGCUGGAGCUCGAGUGCAGGGCGGCGGAGGGCGACGUAAAGCGAGAGUCUCAGAUGAAAGAAGAGCUCAUGGUAUCGAACGACGUGAUGCGGCUGGAGGUGAAGCGCCUGAGGGACACCCUGAACGGUGCAGCGGAUGAAGUUUUCAGCCUCGAGAACAGGCGGCAGCAGUUGGCGAUGAGCAUGAAGGAGCGUAAAGCUGAAAUUCAGGUACAUUGGGACCUGCAGCGGGCAACGUUGAGAGCGGCCGAGGAAGAGCGCCACCGCGUUCAGCUAGAGCUGGGCGAUCGUCGUCAAGCCGUUGAAAAACUCCGCGCCAAGUACGAGACGCUGGCCAAGGGAUUUGCGGGUGCCGGAGCGGGUGAAUUGGGGGGCGAUCACGCGGGGGGGGGAUCCUCCCAGGCCUACUUCAUCAUCGCUGCGGCGCAGAAGCGCGAGGAGCUGCAGCGGGAGGGCGACGAGCUUGACCAGGAGAUACGGAGCUUCCAGCGAGCAGAUCCAGGAUGCAAGGACGCCGAUGCCCUGAGAAGCUUGGAGGCCCGCGCCAAGGCCGCCCAGGACGGGCUCUUCCGUCGCAAGAAGGAGCUUCAGCGGGCGCAGACGGACCACGAGGAGGACCUCGCACGACUGGACGGGGCCAAGGCGCGCGCUGCUCGCCUGGACGAGCAGAACGCGCAGCUAGACUCGGUGAGGGUUCAGGCCAAGGCUCAGCUGGACGCUCAGCGGCAGGCGCUCACCAGGGCGGGGGAGAGGCUGGCGAGCGAGCGCGCGAUGCACCGCAGGGCGCCCGGGGUUGGCGGGGGAGGUAGGAGCGACCGCGACGGCGGUGUCGAAACUAUGGUACCGACUGCUGACGAUGUCACCCCUGCACCCGUGGCGGGCGGCACGGCGACGGCGGAGGCGCGUGACAACGGUGGUGGGCUAAUCGCCGCCCUUGUCGGGCGGGGCGGGGAAACGCUCACGGAAAAGGCGCUACGGGCGAGCACCCUCGGGGACACGGCAUCGGGCGUGCUCUACACCCUCGGUCAGCUCGCGAGAGAGUUCCCCGAGAUGCACGACGCUCUCAAAAUCAGCUUGCAUCUCAAGAAGCUCAAGGUACCGCCGGCCCCGCCGGCCCACGGCCCCGCCAGCGGUGUGGCGGCAGGAGCUUCAAAAACGGGGCGGGCUAGCAGCGCAGAAGGCAGCCGAGCGGGAUCGGAGAGCUCAUCUCACGUCGGCGGUGCAAGCGUGAGGAGCUCGACGAGCGGGGGUGGGAUGCGGGGUGGUAGUCUCGGAGACCGGAGGGGCAGCCGGGCGGGCGGUGGCGGUAGCGUUGCUGGCGAGGGUAUCUCGCCAAUGAGGUUAUUCGAGGCUCCUAUAUGAACGAAAAACACCGUAUUUCCCGCAGUUUGUUGUCGUGACUCCCAUGAUUAGUCCCAAGGUAGGAAUAUCGUAGUCCAACCCCACAACGAACGCUUUGGCCAAGGCGGGGGAGGACAAGAGUUUGUAGGUUCACCGCCAAACGCACCGCGGCGUUAAAGACAUAAAAAGCAACAUUACAAUUGAAGAGACCACGCAUUGCAAACACACGAGCGUUGCGUGAUGUAGCACAAACGCUCGAGACACAAAACACAUACCAGCCCCUUUUACACAAACCUCUGUGCACCGUAGUACGCAACAAACAAGAUACCCAAGCAAACAACACCGGCGUGCAAAACUCUAAAGCUAACUGAACGGAGAGCAUGUACCCUUCGUCCUGGAAAUCAGCAAAGAUCAGGAAAGUUCGACCUAAAACACCAAGCAGCCCCGUGGCAGCUUUGGAAAAGGUAAAACAAACAACCAAUCCGAUUAUAUACGCAGUGCACAAACGGGUUUGCGAUAUGCAUUUUCUCGCCUCUACAUGCGUUCGUCAGACCUUGGCGUCGCUGAGUGUACCAGAAGGGCGAACGGACGCAUCGACAGCACGCCUCGGUAUGGUGCGUGCGCCACACUUCCCCCCACUCAAAACAUCCUCCGGUUGAUCCACGCAACACCAAACAAAUGAACGGCGGGAAGAAAGAAAGUACUGUGAUACGACAAUCACGCCGCCGAAAGAGUUUUAACGCCCCCAUCCCUGGGCCCAGCCUCCCAUCAAAAUCGGCACGCCUCGAAUGUAUCAAGAAGCCUUCUUCGCAGCGUCCGUCGAUGGCUCUUGGCUAUAGCCUCGCAUGUCCUGCGGACGCUUGAGGGUACCCCAGUACUGAUCGCAGAAGGUGAAGAACUGCCCGAAGUUAACGUGGUAGUGCGUGUGGUGCACCGUGUGGUACUUGGCGCCCAUGAUGGGCUCCGAAUUGCCCGGCACAGCGUCGUGGAUGUUCGUAGCCCAGAUUGCCGUGAACAUGAACAUGGCCAUGUGCGUGUAGUAGUGACACGGGAUAAAGAACAAGCAGAUCACGUACGGGCAGGCCUGGAGGACCCCAUCCAGAGGGUUGAAGGCGAUCGACGCCCAUGGAGACAAGGUUUCGGGGGAGUUGUACUUGUGGUGAAGCGCGUGCACGUACUUGUACAGGAAUUUGUUCGUGUGAAGCGUGCGGUGCAUCCAGUAGAUCCCGAUUUCAACGAAGGUCAGGUAGACCACUGUGUACAGCACGUAUCCGAUCAGCCCGCCGACGUCCGAAAAGUGGAAGUAGCACCUCGUAUAUCCUUCCUCGAUGAAAAACUCCCCCAAAACCGGCAGCAUCGCGUAUACCGUCGUGCUCAGCUGGGCCAGCUGGAUCUGGUCCCAGAUCACCGCCGGCGCUGGCAUACCUUUCGGGAACAGCGUGCGUCCCAUCUUGACGUAGAUCACCCAAUGCCACAUUGCCGCCGUGAUGUAGUAGAGAAUCGACCC